CUCUAUUGUGCUUAGAGAUAGGAGGAAAAAAAUCUAUAACUUCUGUAUUAUACAGAUAUCAUUACUGUUUUUUAAUCCAUUGGUAUUUAUCAUUUUCCAAAAUUGUGUAGAUCCCAUCUGAAGAAAACAAAGAGAUUAGAUAAGACAAGAAAAAAAAACUUAAACAAUAGUAAUGGAUUCGGUGAUGAACAAGGCAGGUUCAUAUUUGAUUGGUCAGAAAGCCAGCAAGGAGUUCAGUUCCGUCACCAAUGAUCUUAACAACUUGCAAAACAGUAUUACUGGAGGAACCAAAAAGCUCGUGAACAAAAUGAAAGGAAAAACACAAAGGCCAUUGACAGAGCUGCUAAAGGAGUAUGAAAUUCCAGCGGGGAUUUUCCCUCGCGAAGCAACCAACUACGAGUUUAACGAAGAGACAAAGAAGCUUACUGUCCAUAUUCCGGAGAUAUGUGAAAUUACGUACAGAGAUGCAUCGAUAGUACGGUUCAAUAGUACAGUUAGUGCACAUUUAGAGAAGGGAAAGCUACAUGAGAUAGAAGGAAUGAAAACAAAAGUAAUGUUCCUUUUUAUAACAGUUAGUGUUAUCUUGUUUGAACAAACAGAGAUUCAUUUCACUGCUGGGUUGAGGCGAACACGUCCAAGAUCUGCAUAUGAAGCCAUAAGAGAUGGAAUUGGGAUGGACAAAUUUUAGUGAGACCAACUAACUCUGAACCUAUUGUUGAAAUUUUGGGGAGAAUUGAUUUUUAUAGGUCACUUAUAAUUUUAUUUUAUUUUAAUUUUAUAAGAGAUCUUCUUUUUUUACACAUGUUUUAGACUAUCUUGUUGUCCAUGUAGUGGUUGUAACUAAAAGUUUGUAUUGAUAGUCUGAGUUCAGAUU